UUGUGAUUUGCAUUAAUAUUAUUGAUCAUCAAGGUAGAGUUUUCUGCAUGAAUUAUAUGUACAUAUAAUUCAUAUAACAUAGUCACAAAUCUACUAAAAAGUUUUUGCAAAAAAAGAAAAAAAUCUACUAAAAAGUCAAAGGUAAACCUAAUUAAAAAAUAUUUUUUUUGUCAACAAACCUAGAAAAACUAUUUUAAAAGAGAUACUUUUCUUCUUAAGUUAGAACAUCUCAUCUAUCAAGAGACUAUCUCAUGAUUUAAACAAAUAAAAUAAUAUGAAAGGAUGAAACAGAAGAGAACAUAGUUUCAUUUCAGAACCGUUAAAAACCUGGUGAGAACCUCAAAUGCAUUUACUAAAUGAUUUGGUUAUUUUAAAAAAAAAAAUCAUAGUGUAGUUAUAAAACUUAAAUAUUUUUUUUUUUAAGAAACUCAUACGGUUUAUACACGAUAAAGUUGCUGCUAAUAAACUCUUCCAAUUUCUCUCUCAUUGCGCCCUUAUAUACCCCUCUAUUCUCUCUACCACCUUCACAUCCACACCCUUUCUUCAAACAUACCAAACUCUCUCUCUCUCUCUCUCUCUCUCUCUCUCUCUCUCUCUCUCUCUCUCUCUCUCUCUCUCUCUCUCUCUCUAUAGCCAAAUUAGGUUUCAGUGAGCUCAAAUCAUGGUGACAAAGAAGUCGAACAAAGUGUCAGCGUGUCAAGCAGCAUCUCUAAAGAAAAUAUUAAAGAGAUGCUCAAGUCUUGGAAAGAAGAACCAAGGUAACGACGUGCCAAAAGGUCACUUCCCGGUCUACGUUGGUCAAUACCGGAGUCGUUACGUGGUGCCAAUCUCAUGGCUAGCUCAUCCUGAGUUUCAGUCACUCCUCCAACUAGCUGAGGAAGAGUUUGGGUUCGAGCACGACAUGGGACUUACUAUCCCUUGUGAUGAAGUUGUCUUUCAAUCACUCAUCUCCAUGUUUUGAUAGAACUCGAUCUAGAGAGAGACUAAUUUAGCUCAAUUGGGAAUCUCUCAAGAUUAUAAUCUCUUUUAAAGUUCUUAAGGGACGUUUGAUCACAUUGCCACCUGAUCUAGACUCGGAAGAUCGAAACAUUGAACUUAUUAUUAAGAAAAUCGAGAAACAGUAUAUAAAUAAUAUGAUUUAGUUCUUUUCUUUGCUAAGAAGACGGAAGCAUAUGGCGGCCUGCGGGGAUCGCUUGAAGCAUCGACUCAAGAUUUGUGGCUAUAGUGAUGUAUAUAUAUAUCCGUUUUUAAAUCAAAUACUCUCUUAGGAUUCUUAUUUCUUUUUUUUUUCUUCUAUAUGUGAUAUCGGGUUCUUGUCUAUUUAUUUUGAAUAUUUUGAACAUGAGUCUGGGUGAAUGAGUUUUUCCUUAAGUCAGCGUGUAUUGUUGACCGUUCGUUUUUGAGAGGAAUAGCUAGUUUAUUUGUAUCAAGUUUAAAUCAAUAAAUUAGUACAAUAUAACCUCUUUAAAUUAAUACUCUAUAAAUUAAUAUAUA